AUGGCACCCAAAACCGUCGCUGAGGAAUAUGCCGAGCUCAUGGAGCGUAAUGGCGAAGGCCACUACCUAUACAAGCCUCAACGAUACAGCGACCUGCACCCCGGCGUGAUCGGAUACUUCGGCAAGUAUGGAGCGUGGAACAAGAUCACUGACCUUUCUGUGGAGGGUCAACCAGAGCGAGAUGGUUUCACUGCUCUCAGCAAGCAGCUCAAAUUUGACACGCCCACCGAGGGCAUGUGGAAGACUCGCUCUUCAGGCAGCGAGGCUGAAGCUAGCUUCGGACUCAACGCUGGCCUUUCGGGUGCAUUGACCGCUGCCCCCGUAGACGUCUCGGCCAACGCCAAUAACAAGGUCGGCUCAAAUGGCAAGGCAGCACUUAUCACCAGCUCCGUGGUCAAGAAUGAGAAGUUCAAGGCCCCAUGCGGACCCCCGAUCGAGAGAUGGGUUAAGGCCAACGCCAAGGCUCUUGUGAACUCGGACUGGGGUGACGCCAUCAAGAUGUACGGACUGUGGGCCAUCCAAACGACUUGGUCGACUCGGGAGUGCGCAAUCACCAUGACAAGCGGCCAUAACCGCGAUACCAGCGGCGGAUUCGAUGUUGGAGGUACUGGUGUUGGAAAGGUUGGCGCCAGCGGAUCAGCCAUGAAGAAACUUGAAUCAGAGGGAUGGUCGACAUAUGAGGCAACCGAGGACGACCAGGGUCUCGUCAUCUCGUACGGUGGAGCCGGAUACAGGCUUCAUACCAUUCAGAAAUUCCGCAGUAACCCCCUCAAGCAGACUGAAAAAGUCAUGGCAGAUGAGGUAGAGUACUGCAAGACCAUCUACGACGAAAACGGAAACGCGAUCGGACAGGAAUUCUACAGGCGCGUUUACGACGAAGAUGGAAACGAAAUUGGGGAGGAGAAAAUUGACAGGGAGGUCGAGAAGAAGAAGCGAGAGGAAGAGGAAGCGAAGGAGUCUACCGAGGUCGAGGAAGAUUUCGUGAUCGAAGCCUGUGGACCAGUUGGAUUGAGCGAGAGUGACAUUGAGGCCGAUAAGAAGAGAGCACAGGAAGAAGAGGAGGAGGAUCGCAAGAACUUCUCGAAGAAGGUGGCUUCUCUUGUUGCUCAGUACCCUGAUGAGACGGAACGACGAGUGCACUUGGCCAAGCUGUUGGCAGAGAACUCGACUGAGGUGACUUAUACGACUCCGGUGUAA